CCCCGAGGGGGCCGGGCCGUCCGGUGGGGCCGCGGCCCUGUUCGGUGCUGCGAGCUCGCCCUCUCGCGGCUCCCCGGCCCGGCCGCCGCCGCCGCCGCCCCUCUCCCCGCCCAGAGGCGCCCCGGGGGCACCAUGCAGGCGCAGCAGCUGCCGUACGAGUUUUUCAGCGAGGAGAACGCACCCAAGUGGCGGGGGCUGCUGGUGCCGGCGCUGAAAAAGGUCCAGGGGCAAGUUCAUCCUACUCUUGAGUCUAGUGAUGAUGCUCUUCAGUAUGUUGAAGAAUUAAUUUUGCAGUUAUUAAAUAUGCUAUGCCAAGCUCAGCCCCGAAGUGCUUCAGAUGUAGAGGAACGUGUUCAAAAAAGUUUCCCUCAUCCAAUUGAUAAGUGGGCAAUAGCUGAUGCCCAAUCGGCUAUUGAAAAGAGGAAGCGAAGAAACCCUUUAUCUCUCCCAGUAGAAAAAAUUCAUCCUUUAUUAAAGGAGGUCCUAGGUUAUAAAAUUGACCACCAGGUUUCUGUUUACAUAGUAGCAGUAUUAGAAUACAUUUCUGCAGACAUUUUAAAGCUGGUGGGGAAUUAUGUACGAAAUAUACGGCAUUAUGAAAUUACAAAACAAGAUAUUAAAGUGGCAAUGUGUGCUGAUAAGGUAUUGAUGGAUAUGUUUCAUCAAGAUGUAGAAGAUAUAAAUAUAUUAUCUUUAACCGAUGAAGAGCCUUCCACCUCAGGAGAGCAAACUUACUAUGAUUUGGUAAAAGCAUUUAUGGCAGAAAUUCGACAGUACAUAAGGGAACUAAAUUUAAUUAUAAAAGUUUUUAGAGAGCCCUUUGUCUCCAAUUCAAAAUUAUUUUCAGCUAAUGACGUAGAAAAUAUAUUUAGUCGUAUAGUAGAUAUACAUGAACUUAGUGUAAAAUUACUGGGCCAUAUAGAAGAUACUGUGGAAAUGACUGAUGAAGGUAGUCCCCAUCCCUUAGUAGGAAGCUGCUUUGAAGACUUAGCAGAGGAACUGGCAUUUGAUCCAUAUGAAUCAUAUGCUCGAGAUAUCUUACGGCCUGGUUUUCAUGAUCGUUUCCUUAGUCAGUUAUCAAAGCCAGGAGCAGCACUCUAUUUACAGUCAAUAGGCGAAGGUUUCAAAGAAGCUGUUCAAUAUGUUUUACCCAGGCUACUUCUAGCCCCUGUUUACCACUGUCUGCAUUACUUUGAGCUUUUGAAGCAGUUAGAAGAAAAGAGUGAAGAUCAAGAAGACAAGGAAUGUUUGAAACAAGCAAUAACAGCUUUGCUUAAUGUUCAGAGUGGUAUGGAAAAAAUAUGUUCUAAAAGUCUUGCAAAACGAAGACUGAGUGAAUCUGCAUGUCGGUUUUAUAGUCAGCAAAUGAAGGGGAAACAACUAGCAAUCAAGAAAAUGAACGAGAUUCAAAAGAAUAUUGAUGGUUGGGAGGGAAAAGACAUUGGACAGUGUUGCAAUGAAUUUAUAAUGGAAGGAACUCUUACACGUGUAGGAGCCAAGCAUGAGAGACACAUAUUUCUCUUUGAUGGCUUAAUGAUUUGCUGUAAAUCAAAUCAUGGGCAGCCAAGACUUCCUGGUGCUAGCAAUGCAGAGUAUCGUCUGAAAGAAAAGUUUUUCAUGAGAAAGGUACAAAUUAAUGACAAAGAUGACACCAGUGAGUACAAGCAUGCUUUUGAAAUAAUUUUAAAAGAUGAAAAUAGUGUUAUAUUUUCUGCCAAGUCAGCUGAAGAGAAAAACAAUUGGAUGGCAGCACUGAUAUCUCUCCAGUACCGGAGCACACUGGAAAGGAUGCUUGACGUGACGAUGCUACAGGAAGAGAAGGAGGAGCAGAUGAGGCUCCCUAGUGCUGAUGUUUAUCGAUUUGCAGAGCCUGACUCCGAAGAGAAUAUAAUAUUUGAAGAGAACACACAGCCCAAGGCUGGAAUUCCAAUUAUCAAAGCAGGAACUGUUAUUAAACUUAUUGAGAGGCUCACGUACCAUAUGUACGCAGAUCCCAAUUUUGUUCGGACAUUUCUUACAACAUACAGAUCCUUUUGUAAACCUCAAGAACUACUGAGUCUUAUAAUAGAAAGGUUUGAAAUUCCAGAGCCUGAGCCAACAGAAGCUGAUCGCAUAGCUAUAGAGAAUGGAGAUCAACCCUUGAGUGCAGAACUAAAAAGGUUUAGGAAAGAAUACAUACAGCCUGUACAACUGCGAGUAUUAAAUGUAUGUCGGCAUUGGGUAGAGCACCAUUUCUAUGAUUUUGAAAGAGACGCAGAUCUUUUGCAGCGAAUGGAAGAGUUUAUUGGAACAGUAAGAGGUAAAGCAAUGAAAAAAUGGGUUGAAUCCAUCACUAAAAUAAUCCAAAGGAAAAAAAUUGCAAGAGACAAUGGACCAGGUCAUAAUAUUACAUUUCAGAGUUCACCUCCCACAGUUGAGUGGCAUAUAAGCAGGCCUGGGCACAUAGAGACUUUUGACCUGCUCACCUUACACCCAAUAGAAAUUGCUCGACAACUCACUUUACUUGAAUCAGAUCUAUAUCGAGCUGUACAGCCAUCAGAAUUAGUUGGAAGCGUGUGGACAAAGGAAGACAAAGAAAUUAAUUCUCCUAAUCUCCUAAAAAUGAUCCGGCACACCACUAACCUCACUCUGUGGUUUGAGAAAUGUAUUGUAGAAACUGAAAACUUAGAAGAAAGAGUAGCUGUGGUGAGUCGAAUAAUUGAGAUUCUACAAGUCUUUCAAGAGCUGAACAAUUUCAAUGGUGUCCUUGAGGUUGUCAGUGCUAUGAACUCAUCUCCUGUUUACAGACUAGACCACACAUUUGAGCAAAUACCAAGUCGCCAAAAGAAAAUUUUAGAAGAAGCUCAUGAAUUAAGCGAAGAUCACUAUAAGAAAUAUUUGGCAAAACUCAGGUCUAUUAAUCCACCGUGUGUGCCUUUCUUUGGAAUUUAUCUAACUAAUAUCUUGAAAACAGAAGAAGGCAACCCUGAGGUCCUAAAAAGGCAUGGAAAAGAGCUUAUAAACUUUAGCAAAAGGAGGAAAGUAGCAGAAAUAACAGGAGAGAUCCAGCAGUACCAAAAUCAGCCUUAUUGUUUACGAGUAGAAUCAGAUAUCAAAAGGUUCUUUGAAAAUUUGAAUCCAAUGGGAAAUAGCAUGGAAAAGGAAUUUACAGAUUAUCUUUUCAACAAAUCCUUAGAAAUAGAACCGCGAAACCCUAAGCCUCUCCCAAGAUUUCCAAAAAAAUACAGCUAUCCCCUAAAAUCUCCUGGUGUUCGUCCAUCAAACCCAAGACCAGGUACCAUGAGACAUCCCACACCUCUGCAGCAGGAGCCAAGGAAAAUUAGUUACAGUAGGAUCCCCGAAAGUGAGACAGAAAGUACAGCAUCUGCACCAAACUCUCCAAGAACACCGUUAACACCUCCUCCUGCUUCGGGUGCUUCUAGUACCACAGAUGUUUGCAGCGUAUUUGACUCUGAUCAUUCGAGCCCUUUUCACUCAAGCAGCGAUACCGUCUUUGUCCAAGUUUCACUGCCCCAUGGCCCAAGAUCUGCUUCAGUAUCAUCUAUAAGUUUAACCAAGGGCACUGACGAAGUGCCUGUCCCCCCUCCUGUUCCUCCACGAAGACGGCCAGAAUCUGCCCCCGCGGAAUCUUCGCCAUCUAAGAUUAUGUCUAAGCAUUUGGACAGCCCCCCAGCAAUUCCUCCUAGACAGCCCACAUCAAAAGCCUAUUCACCGCGGUAUUCAAUAGCAGACCGGACCUCUAUAUCAGACCCUCCCGAGAGCCCUCCCUUAUUACCACCGCGAGAACCUGUGAGGACACCUGAUGUUUUCUCCAGCUCACCACUACAUCUCCAGCCUCCCCCUUUGGGCAAAAAAAGCGAUCAUGGCAAUGCCUUCUUCCCAAACAGCCCUUCCCCAUUUACGCCACCUCCUCCUCAAACACCUUCUCCUCAUGGCACGAGAAGGCAUCUGCCAUCACCACCACUGACACAAGAAGUGGACCUUCCUUCCAUCACUGGGCCGCCGGUUCCUCCACGACAAAGCACUUCUCAACAUAUCCCUAAACUCCCUCCAAAAACUUAUAAAAGGGAGCACACACACCCCUCCAUGCACAGAGAUGGACCACCACUGUUGGAGAACGCCCAUUCUUCCUGAGUGUCUCUGUUCCAGGAUGGACAUUUUCCUAGCCCCAAAUCCAUUGCUGGCAAUGGAUGCACGGAAUGUGCCAGCACUGAGGAGUUACAGUGACAGCUCCAAACACUAACGACUCUACUUCAAGAUGCAGUAUAAGACAAUGAAUUUUAACCUAGACAUAAUUAUAAAAUGAAAAUGGUAUUCGUUUAGAUACGGAAAGACUGAUGUAGAGGAAUUGGACAACUGAUUGCACCUGAAAAUCAAGUAAAGGGACUUUUUCCAGCCAAUAGGCAGGAGUCCUCUUUUUGUGAAGUGAUCUUUAUCGUUAAAGGGAUGGAAAACAUAGUCUAGUGUCCAGCAGGCCCACAUGAUGACAGUUUUUGUAAUUCAAAAUAUGCACUUUUUAAAAAGAAAUCUUAAACAGGGAUCUUCAUAUCUCCUUUGUUUUCCUUUGCUUUUACUCAUCCUACUUUAGAAUAUUUUCCUAGAAAUCAUUUAAAGGACUGUGGGGAGUGGCUGUGGUGCCUGACCUUGUGGGAGUCCAGGCCCCGUGCUGUGCCACAGUCCCGUUUACAGGUUAUUACAGUGAAGUGAAUGGGUACCGAGGCUUCACCAAAGAGGUACUUUUUUUUCUUUUUCUUUCUUUUUUUUUUUUUUAGGAAUAAUUAUAUUAAUUUUAAGAGCAUUCCCCCACCCACCCUCCCUACAGACAAAAUAUGGUGGUGAUGCCUUCAAACAAGAAGUUUUGUGUCAUUAACAUGACAGAAGAACUUUUUAAAAAAAUGUAACUGUCAAGUAUACGAUUUACAUUUAGGAGACUGUUAAUCUGUGCUAGAUUGUUAUUGCCCCCCCCCACCCCCCACAAAAGUUUACUGGUAACCCAUGUCAUGGCUCAUAGCCGUCCCUCUAACCAUUCUCUGGAAAUGCAGUCACCCAGUGUGGAAAGGAGCAUUGCUGGGCGUCCCUGACACCGCUCAUGUUUUACGGAUAGUUGAGUAAUCCGCAGAUCUAGAAUUACCUUGCAUUGCCGAAAUCAUGUGUAUAUAGUGAAUGUUAUAUAAUAAACCUGGCAGGUCUGUUUUAAUUUAAUUGAAUAAAGAUACAAAUACUU